UUUGAAACCAUGCCCGCCGACGCUGCGUCCGUCGACAUCGACUACGCCCGCCGUCUGCCGAAAGUCGAGGUAUCGUGCUCUCCGUCCAGCCUCCUCCAGCUGUUUGCUCGCCAGCCGCCAAGAGCGCAUGGACUCCAGUCACUUCCGCGAACGGCAUUGCUAAUCCGAACCCACCCCCAGCUCCAUGCCCACCUCACCGGCAGCAUCAGCCGCUCGUGUCUGCACCAUAUCUGGGAGCGGAAGACGGCCGAGGAUCCUGCGCUGCAUCUGGCGGAUCCCCUCGUCGCCAUCCCUCCUGAAAAGGUCGACUAUGACAUCAAAACCUUCUUCCCCUUGUUCUCGUCCUACAUCUACAGGCUAUGCAACGACCUCCCCAGCAUAGAAUUCUCCACCAAAGCAGUACUCUGCGACUUCCAGACCGAUGGAGUGGCUUAUCUGGAGCUUCGGACAACCCCCAGGGCAAUCCCAGAGCAGAACGUUUCGAAGGAUGACUAUGUCCGAACUAUCGCCGAGCUUCUCAUGGCGCACAAUGAAGGUGAAGAGAACACCAUGAGAGCGUUCCUGAUCCUUUCGGUAGACCGACGCAAUACGGCAGCCGAAGCCGAAGAGGUCGUGGAUCUUGCCCUCAAGCAUCGAUCCGCAGGCGUGGUUGGCGUCGACCUUUGCGGUAACCCCGCCAAAGGAGAUGUCCGCGUAUUCACAAAUGCCUUCGGAAGGGCAAAGGCCGCCGGUCUCAAGAUUACGCUUCACUUCGCGGAGACAGAAGCGUCAGCCACAGACCAGGAGCUGGAAACGCUUCUCUCAUGGGCCCCAGACCGCCUUGGUCACGUCAUCCACGUAAAGAACAAGUUUCGAGAACGGAUCGAGAGGGAGUGUAUUGGCGUGGAGCUGUGCCUCAGCUGCAAUGUUCAUGCUAAGCUUAUUACUGGGACUUUCUCGGACCAUCACUUUGGCGAGUGGAGACACAGUCAUGUCCCGUUAGCCCUAUGCACCGAUGACGUUGGAGUUUUCUGCAGCCCCCUAUCCCAGGAGUACUAUCUCGCUGCUACACAUUUCGACCUGGAUCGGAGCCAACUGAAAUCCUUAGCCGAAAGAGCAAUCGACUCUAUCUUCUCAGGGCUCGAUGAGCGUUCACGUCUGAAAACGCUGUUCUCGAACUGGAGCGGAUAGUUGGAUCGAAGAUUUAGUUGCCGCCACGGAGUAGGCUAGGCGAGUGGAAACCUCAGCGAACAUUAUUAUGCAAGGCUAUGCUGCAACAUGGUAGUCGGUCCAGGAUCGGAGAAUAUUCAUAGCGUUAUUAUCUGCGACCCAGAAGCUUCCAACUCUGCGUCACGGGAUCAGCUUAAUGUUUCUAAUGUAUACUGCAACAGGCUGUAAGAUAGUAAUAUAAAGCGUAC